AGAGAAAAAAAAUCGGUUUCCCCAAUUUAGAGAGAGAAACGUUCAAGCUAGAGCCUCAAAUCAGAGAAUCUCUGGUUCUGCGUUAAGAGUUUCACCGGAUUGGUGCGAAUCUUGAUGGAAGUCGGACGAAAAGAGAAGAAUUGUUGAUGUGGUUCAUUUUGGAAAUAGGACUGAAUAUUGAAGGAGAAUGAGGGGAAGAAGUUAUAGUUACAGUCCCUCACCACCAAGAGGGGGGUACAGCAGAAGACGGCGAAGCCCGAGUCCAAGGGGUCGAUAUGGGGGUCGUGAUAGAGAUCUUCCCACCAGUCUUUUGGUCCGCAACCUGCGCCAUGAUUGUAGGCCAGAAGACCUCCGUGGGCCUUUUGGGGAGUUUGGUCCUCUAAAGGAUGUGUACUUGCCCCGGGACUACAAUACAGGGGAGCCACGUGGCUUUGGUUUUGUUCAGUACUUGGAUCCUGAUGAUGCUGCAGAUGCCAAAUAUCAUAUGGAUGGUCAAAUUCUUCUUGGUCGAGAGCUGACUGUGGUAUUUGCCGAGGAAAAUAGAAAGAAGCCUGCAGAGAUGAGGGCAAGACAGCGUUCCAGCGGCAGGGGGUCUGACCGGGGGAGCUCCUUCUCUCGUUAUUCUCGAUCACCGCACCAUGGAAGAUCCUAUUCGAGGUCGAGACAUAGAGAGACGUCUUACUCAAGGUCUCCAUAUGGCUCAAGGUAUAGAGAAAGGUCUUACUCAAGGUCUCCAUAUGGCUCACGGUAUAGAGAAAGGUCUUACUUGAGGUCUCCAUAUGGCUCAAGGAGCAGGAGCAGGAGCAGAAGCCCAAUUAGGAGUCGGAGUCAGACCCCUGACGGUUACUAGAAGCAACUUGGCAGAGAACUGUUUAGACUUUCGAAUGUAUUGGGAGACCUCUUAGCUAGGUGUUUGGACAAUGAACUUGUGAUGUGUUCUUCGUGUAGUAGUUUAAGGUGGUACCUAGUUUCUGGAGAUACAUUUAGUACUGAAAGUAUUGUCGCAGACAUUGUGUUUUUGUGGAUAUUGUACCUCAUAUGGUUUUAGCCGUGUUUUAGCAGAUGUUGCUACCUCGCA